AUGUCUCAUUCGUCAAAGACCGUCCUCGAAGGCGAGGAAAAUCGCUGGGCUGAGUUAAUCCAACAAGCCCGUCAGCGACGGGAUGUCUCCAUUUCCUCCAUCAAGCCUGCACUCCCUGAUCUGCCCGCAGAUCUCCCUCUGAACGUGACAAGAAUUCCUCAGGAGCUCCUCGAGGCGCACGAGGUCAAGAUCACUGAAAAGUCCGCCGAGGAACUUGUCAAGCUACUUGCCGAAGGCAAGCUUUCUGCGGUAGAAGUAACAAAGUCUUUCCUCAGGAGGGCAGCUCUGGCCCAGCGCCUUGUGAAUUGUGUCACCGAGCUUCUUCCGUCCUCCGCCCUGGAGCGUGCGGAGUUCCUUGAUCGUUACUACAAAGAUAACGGGAAAACAAUUGGUCCUCUACACGGCCUUCCAAUCAGUGUGAAAGAACACAUCGGAAUGAAAGGCUGGGAAGUCAAUUUCUCGUUUGUGGCUCGUCUCAAUGAGAUCUCAAGCACCGACAGCUUGGCAGUUAAGGCAAUGUAUGACGCCGGAGCAAUUCCGUUUGCAAGGUCAACCCAGCCGCAGACCCUGAUGCAGCUAGAAACUUCGUCUUCCAUUUACGGAGAGACUGUCAAUCCAUACAAUACCAGUUUGACGCCAGGAGGUAGCUCGGGAGGUGAGAGCGCCCUGAUCGCCCUGAAAGGUAGUGUUCUAGGAUUUGGUUCCGAUACAGGCGGUAGCAUCAGGGUACCAGCCGGUCAUACCGGCAUCUAUGGCCUCAAACCUACCUCUACCAGGCUGACGCAUGCCGGUUUGUGUGGCAUUGUCGGUGGCAGAGAACAGAUUCCUUCCGCCAUCGGACCAAUGUCUACCAGCAUCGGUGGGCUCGAGAUGCUAAUGAAGGUCGUGAUUUUCUCUAAAGCCUGGGCACUGGAUCCGAGCAUUCCGCCUGUGGAAUGGCGAGACAACGUCGACUGGCUGGAAAAGCCAAAUGGCUCAAGAAAGCUGAGAGUUGGCGUCAUGUGGGACGACGGCACCGUGACACCUCAUCCACCGGUACGACGUGCUCUUCGCACGACAGUAGACCGACUCCGUCAACAUGACGAUGUCGAGGUCGUUGAUUGGAAGCCAUUCGAUAUGUCGGAGGCUCAUCAGAUAUGGUCAACCCUUCUUUUUGCUGACAACGGUGAAGUUAUGCUCGACCUUCUUGACCGUGCCAAGGAAGAACUGCGACCAUUGACAGAAUGGGCGCUCAAGCAGAAUCCAUACAUGGCUAAGCGCUCACUUCACGAAGUUUGGGACUGGACAGCGAGGAGAGAUGCUUUCCGAGCAAUGUUUGCGCAGAUGUGGAACGAGACAGGCACCGCCAACUCGCAAGCAAUCGAUGUUCUUCUUUCGCCUCUCUAUGUGGGGGCGGCUGCUCGGCUCGGCGAGUCUAAGUACUGGAACUACAGUCUUUUGUGGAAUGUCCUAGACUAUCCCGGGGUCUCAUUUCCCGUUACGACAGUCGAACCGAAUCUUGAUCCAGUAGACCACCACUUCCAGGCCAAGAGCGAUGAGGACCUAUCAAUUCACAAUCUCUAUCGACCAGAGUGGUACACCGAUGCCCCAGUAUCUCUACAACUGGUUGCACGCAGGUUUGAAGACGAAAAGCUUCUCCAGGCCUUACGCUUCAUUGAGGAAAGGAUUAAGGAUGUUUAA